AGUGUCUGCGGCGUUCACCUGCUAACAGUGGCAGGGUAUAUGCUCUACCAACUGGAUAACAUAUCUCUACAAUAAGAUGUGGGUUCGAAUUCUCGCCCUGUUCGUGGCGCUCAGUGCUCUCUGCGUCAUCACGAGCGCAGAGAGUGGCAGGUUGAGAAGGGUUUUUGAUGAAACUUGCUGGAGAGUAUACAAGAACAAAAUUGUGAAAAAAGCCACCAUUGAAAAAGGUAUCAAGAACCUUGACAAAUGUAAGACCAAGUGUAUGGGAAUCGAGAACUGUGUCGCUGUACAGUGGAGUCAAUCAAAGAAGCAGUGCGCUAUCCACGUCGGCAGGAAGAUACCCAGGUGGAAGAGGGCCAAGAAGGUCAACCAAUACCUCAAGGGACCUUGCAUGAACAAAGUUAUGAAUAUUGAACUUGAAGACCUGACACCAGGGGAUGGUCACCACAAACAGUACUUCUUCGUGGGCUUCGAGAAGGCGGAGUGGUUCUUGGACGUGCAACCUAACACUAUGCUCUUCGGCAAGAUGACUGCCUUCCAGAAGAGGAACAAACAUGGCAAGGUGGUAGGAAAGGGGAAAGUAAAGAAAAACUGCUUAUAUAUCGGUACGGCGAAUGGUGGCGAGCACGAGGGAGGUUUAGCUGCAGUUUCAACAUGUGACCCAAGCAAGACUCGAGUCUAUAUCCAGACCCCGAUCCAGGACUACGAAAUCAACCCGUUCAGGUCGUACUCGGAGAAGAAACGAUCUAUCAAAGACCCUGGCGAGCUAGAGAAAAUGAGGGACAUGAUAAUGCAAAGUCUCUCAAAGGCAAAGGGCGCCCCGUACGCCGAUUCCGAAGAACAUCCAGUGAAUAUCGCCAAGAGAGAAAACGUCCAAUUAGACAUGAAUAAACAACAGCCCAUCCCACCAGGCCAGGUCCUUUACCUUGAUCACUCAUGCAUUGUUGAUACGAGUUUUAGUGAUUUCUUCAAAUCCGUUUGUCCGUCGGAUGAUGACCAAAUGUUCCUCCACAUUGCUGAGCUCUAUAACUUUGCGCAAAUCUGGUUCCUUAAUCCGACACUAGGUUUCCAAGUGUGGCUGACAAUUGGUAAGGUCAUCUUGAUGACCGAUCCAAUGGUGAAAAGCCCGGACGAAAGCAGGAGGAAACAGUCCUAUGGCCUUAUGAACAACUGUAACUACUUUAAAAAGGUUCAUAAAGACAGCAAAUAUUGGGAUUCUCUAUUCAUCUUAACAGAAUCCGACUUUAUGACAGAUGGUCUUGGAGGCCUUGCUUUAGGUAGUGGAGCCUGUCGCGUCGGGUACCAGUGUGCCGCUGUCAAGUCACAAAACCUCGACCUGGCUAUGUUGACCAGAGCUAUCGUCCACGAAACUGCCCAUUUACUAGGAAUGCCUGACGUGUACCCACCAGCCGAGGCCUCCAAGUUUUGCUACAGCGGUCUGAUGAGGAGCGCCCAGUUUGCACAUGACUGGUCCAGAUGUGACAACCAGGCAUUUGAACAAUAUUUAUACACCAGGAUCUCGAAAUGUAUCACCCGAAAAUACGCUAGGCUCUCAAAGAAGAACAGACGACCAAAGUUCAGAUCUAAUGUUUUGUGGCGAUACAAAGCGAAGCAGAGCAGCACAUCCAACGGCGACGAGGCCAUGUGGGGAGCUUGGAAGGCAGUAGAUGGAAGCUAUGCUUCUAUGAUGCAAACUGAGACUAAAGCCAACCCGAGGCUUGCAUCAUGCACUAAGACGAAAAAGCAGAAGGAUCCUUGGAUUCGCGUCCAGGUGUUGGCAGCUUUCCAAGACAAACCCAUCGACACUAUCCACAUCCUGAAUCGACCAGAAAGAUAUGACCGUCUGAAGAACAUUGAAGUGAGAAUCGGUAACAACGCGGACCACAACAAGAACCCACUGUGUUAUGCUCGAAAAUCAUCACCGAGACUACGAAAUGAAGGCAGCAUGUUGUCGAUCCACUGUGGUAAGAUCAUGAGCGGGAAGUACGUCAGUGUCCAGAUCAAGGGUAAAGGAGCGCUUACGGUCUGCGAGAUAUUUGCCUAUCAGACCACGAAACUACCGAACUUCAAGAGCCCGUACAAGUGCGAAGAUGAGCGAGGUAACUGUCACACUACCAAGAAGCUCGGUCACUGUAGAGGAGAUUACAAGGAAAUUUCAAUUAACACCUGCGCCUUAACCUGUGGUUACUGCAAUCGAAAGACCUGGAAGUACAAGCCCAAGCCUGGAAAGACAGGAGCUGCCCCUAAAUGCGGUGAUAAUGCUGAUUACUGCGAUAAGGUCAAGUCCAAGGGCAAGUGCGCCAGCCGGUCCAGCAUUCAGCUUUGUCCCAAGACUUGCGGGGAGUGUGGCAAGGCCAAAGUGCCGGACGAAGAUUAGGCCAAUUUCUUUUAAUCGUUUUCUUAACUACAUGUAGUUCAAAAGAUUUGGACGACCGUGUUUUAUAAUGGCUGGUUUUAGCAUCUUGACCGUUUCAGAAUAUAUUAUUCUUAUCUGUUAAA